UUGCUGGGGUUGGUGGUGUUUUUUGUUUUGUUUGGGGUUUUGUGUGUAUGUUUUUAAGGCAGUGAGAAUAGAGACUAUGAAAAUUGCAUAUUUGAGCUGUUUGGGAAGAACAUGAAGGAAAUGAAGUGAGGGAAAGAAAAAGCAACAUUUUCAUAUGUUAUGAACCAUAUAUUCAGUCUUAGACACCUGCCAGGUUUUCAAGGGAGAGCUUAAACCUGUAAAAUGUUUACUCUGACUUCAUCUGAAAAAACAGAGGGGGAAAAAAUAGUCUUCACCAGGGGCUUAUGGCGUAAGCAGUGUUUUCAGCAUAAAGGUUUCAUAACGUGUACUAAUUUUAUUGCUCAGACAGGAAACUGAGGCUUUCACGUUUAAUGAAGCAUUUCUUUGAAGUCGUGCUAGCACGAUGAGCGUGACCGUGCUGCACAUCUGCCUGUCUGCGCAGGGCAGGCCAUUUUGACUUCCUUUUCUGAGAAAGUGCCAGGAACAGGCCAAGAGAGCUCUGAAGUAUUUAACCAAGCUUCGUCAAGACAAGAUGGGAAGAUGGUUCUUCCUCGUCCUUGGCUUACUGUCUGCACACAGCGCUGCAGGCCAAACUGGAGAUGUCAUUGCACACACAGAGGUGGUCCACGCUUUGCCAGGUACCGAUGUGACCCUGCUGUGCACCUUCCCCAAACCACAGUCCACCUACAUAGUACAGGCACAGUGGUCUAAGACCGAUGCCAACCAUCUGUCCAGAAUAGCUGUUCAUCACCCCAUUUUGGGCACCCAUUACUUCGAAUUUCUUGAGGCCUGUUCCAACUUUUCCGUGUCGUUCAGCAUGAGGAAGUGCUGCAAUUGGGACGUUAACGAGACCUCAUGUUCUCCUGACUCAAACUCCUGGUCUGAAUGCCAGCAGUGGGCUCUGCACUUGAGAAAUGUUACCAUCUCCCUCAGCGGGCAGUAUGAGUGCAGUUUUGCUACUUACCCAUAUGGGACAAAGGCUGCAAAAAUACAACUUAUCAUCAAGGCAGAAGAGGAGCAGCAUUACGUGAAGGAAGCACAGUUAAGCCAGACUUUAGAAAUCCCAUGCCUCGAGAACGCGACCUCAGCAAACUUGUCCAAUUACCCUCUGAAGUGGGUAGUGGAGGAAAACGGAAAGAAAGAGGAACUUAUAACCAAGGAGCCCUCCCAUCCUGAGGUGUAUGGGUAUGGCAGCAUGCUGUACAAAUGGAGAGUCCACCUGGGUCUGAAUAAUGCUUUAAAGAUUUUUCCCACCAAAAUUACUGAUGAUGGCAAGGUGUUUUCUUGCCAUGUGGUCUACCACCCAGAGAGGAUCCGGAAGAGCAGCACCACCGUGAGAGUGUUCGCCUAUCCUGAAAUCUCUGCUAGCCUGCAGGAGGGCCCAGCUGGCACCUCACAGAAGCCUAAUGUGAGCUGCAUUGUGAGGAAGGCAUUUCCCAAGCCAAGCAUCGUGUGGUAUGUGGACCAAGCAAGACUGACGGAGCAGUCUGAAGAAAUGUCUGUUGAACAAGAAGACUCACAAGACAGUGAUGGUUUCUACCAGCUGAGAUCUAUGCUAAUGUUACAAGAGACCCACCAGGCACAUACAACAUUCUCGUGUGUAUGUCUGUUUCCCUUCCUCAGGAAUGAAACAAGGAAUAUUUCAUCAGAAGAAAUAUUUCUUUCUUUUGACAAUACAUCUAAUGAAGCCUCAUCCCAAGCAUUUACCAACAUGGCUUCAGAAGACCUUGGAAAUUCAGCACUUACAUCUGCUGUCAUGACUACCUCAGAGCAUCAGUUUACACUUUCGACCUCCCCAGAUUUCACAACUCGAGCAAGUUUGGCUCACGCUUCCACAACACAAGGAGAGCUGAUUUCUGCCACAGAGACAAAAAGCUAUACCAGCAUCACAGCAUUCACAGAGAAUGUGACAACAGCAUAUCUGAAUGAUUCCACCACUGAAUCCCCAAAGAACCUCAAGAAUGCAACACUCUCAUCUGAGGAUACAACCCCUGUGCAUAGUAAUGUGUCCUUAAGCAUAACAGACCAGCCUGUUUCAGCUACCAGAUGGAAAGGUUUCUUUACCAUCAUCCCACUGGUCAAUAGUACUGGCAACGUGAAGAAUAUAGUAGCCAGUCGCUUCCCCUGGCCAACGGUGGUAGCUGUCAUGCUCCUCUUCUGCAGCUUUCUGAUAGUGUUAGGCAUCAGGAAAUGGUGUCAGUACCAAAAAGAGAUUAUGAACAGACCUCCAUCUUUCAAGCCACCGCCACCUCCCAUAAAGUACACGUCCAUGGUAGAGUCUGACGGGACUCCCCCAUCCUACCACGAACUGGAAAACCUGUAACAUCGCCUGCGCUGCUUCCGUAGUGCACAGCGGAAGACUGACACAUUUAAGAAGCUCUGUCUUUAAAGCAGUGAUUACAGGAGUUUGGUGUUAAUGACCCAUAUUAAAAUUCAGAGUGCCUAAAUGACAUUAAUGUUGGCAGCUGAGCACUCCUGAGCACACUGACUUCAUCCCUUCUCUCUCUGUAUGCAUUACACUAACACCAUUGUGAGUGUCACAGAGAGAUUACAUGUGCUUAAUUUGAAUUGGGUAAUCAACUGGGAAUUUGCUGUCUUGUUAAUGGGAGUAGAUUAACACAUCAUUCCAUAAGCCUGCCUAAAGAGUGCUGAAGCUUUCUGUUUUACUAAGUGUAUAGAGAUGACAGCUCUGCUGUAUGGACACCAUGAUUACAUGGGAAAACCUUGGCUUAAUACCAGCUUUUUGAGACCUACAUGAGCAGUUAUUACAAUUACUUUUUUUUUUUUUUUUUUACUCUGCAAGUAUCAGCUAAUAUGACCCAACACAUUCUAUCACUGUAAAGCCAAACCAAGAAGACAGAGAGAGAAAACAUGAAAGCAAAAAUCAGUAGCUGAAAAGAACACUGAAAGAAAAUAGUCUGCAUUUGUCACCAGGGGGUUUCAGCACAAGAGCGCUGGGAGAGGUUGGUAUGACAAAAAGGGUACCAUGCAGGCCCAGUGGACCUGCUGGCAAAGAAGAUGCAGAUGCCUUUGGUGCAGUCACAAGAAAGAGUCAGUUUGGGGGUCAUUUACAAGUAAUCAAUCGAUCAGAGACUUAAGGACUGAAGUGAAUACGGACCCUGAGGAUAAUGCAAUGCAACACUCCUUUUGGAAGUCAUGCCUUUAAAACAGGAAUUGCCCUAGAGUCUGCUUUUCUGAGUAUUGUAUUUAUGGUAUACGUGAGAAGAGAAAGGAAUAUAAUCCUUUUAUUUUAACUUGUUCUUCAUUGAUCUUUAUCAUUUGCUAUCUUCAGAUUUUUCAGGACCUUGGAGAAAGUGUCCCGGGUGGCUUAAGUCUGUGGAAGGGGCAGUCAGGAUUUACCCCAUCUUGACCAGGCUGUGUAUCUUCUUGCAUUGACACUAAUGAUUAAAUGAUCGUUCUGGGUGGGGUCACAUCAGUGCACUGAAUGCAUGUCAUCUGGGUCAGCAGUUGUGUGAUUACCAAUGCAAAGUGCAAGAGAUGCAGCAGGAGAACUGCUUUUGGCAGCAGUGUACUCUUACAUCAAUUUAAGCAAGCCAAGAUACUGUCCCUGCAAGCUUGUUUGAAAAUAUAUUGUUACCACAAUGGUCUUUUUGUAAUUAAGGCAAAUCAACUAAAAUUAAAUCAUGUCAAACAAAAUUGGUAUUCUGA